AUGUGGGCGCUGCGGGCCGCCGGGCUGCUGCUGGCCGCCGCGGCGGGUCCCUGCCCGCGGCCAGCCCUCCCGCCUGACACGGUGCUGAGCACCGUGGGAGCAAACGUCACCCUGCCCUGCCUGCAGUGGCAGCCGGAGGCAAGUGGCCCCGUCAGCUGGAAGCUGGAGAACCAGGCCGUGAGUUCGGCACGCGCGGUGCUGGGGGCCAGCCUGCUGCUACGCCUGCUGCAGCACGACGACUCGGGCCGAUACAGCUGCUAUGUGGGCGGCUGCCUGGUGCGCUCACUGCGGCUGCUGGUGGAAGAGCCCCCGGAGCCGCCCGGCUUCUCCUGCUACCGGAGGAGCCACGUCAAGGACAUCCUGUGCGAGUGGCAGCCGCAGCGGAGGCCGUCGCCCCGGACCAGGGCUGUGCUGUGGGUGAAGAGGUGGCUCACGGGGGAGAACGCCACAGAGCAGCGCUGCCGCUACUUCCCCAAGGUGGAGAAAUUCACGUGCAGGGUCACGGUGCCGCCCAGCGAGGACGACACCUUCCUGCUGGUGUCCAUGUGCAUCAGCAACGGGGCGGGGAGUGCGGUCAGCAAGGACCAGGUCAUCUCGGCCAACCGCGUCUUGAAGCCGGACCCCCCAGUGAAUGUGCUGGUGGACCCGGUGGAGAGCGCGCCCCAGAAACUGCGUGUGAACUGGACGUAUCCGCCCUCCUGGGACCCCAGGUUCUACCGGCUGCACUUCCAGGUCCGGUACCGGGCUGAGCGCUCCCAGAGCUACACGGAGAUCGACCAGCUAAGAGAGACGUCCCUGGUGAUCCAUGAUGCCUGGCACGGUGCACGGCACAGGGUGCAGGUGCGGGGGCUGGAGGAGUUUGGCCACGGCUCGUGGAGCGAGUGGAGCCAGGAGGCCGUGGGCACCCCGUGGGCAGAUCCCAACGGCCUCGAGUGGCAGACAGGAUCCUACAGCUCGCAGUUCCCCAUGGAUUAUGAUUUCUACAGCGACACGUUCACGGGCCCCCCUGGGCUCUAUGGCACAGAGGGCGCUAAUGUGGGGGGUCUUGGUGUCGGCGACCACUCCACCGUGCCCCUGUACACGUUCCUGGUCACCGGAGGGAGCCUGUUCCUGGGCACCGGCCUGCUCGCUGGCAUCGUGCUCAGGUACAAGAAGAAAUGGAGGAGGGGCUCCCUGGGCCAGGGCAAGGCCAGCGCUGUGGUCCAGCACCCCUUGGUGCCGCUGGCUCCUCCGAGCCCCACGUCCCCGCUGAGCGAGGCCCCGCUCCUCUCCCCUCCGGCGUCGCCAGGCACCCCUGGCAGCGGGGACUUCGGCCCCUUCGACGUCACCAACAUGGAUUACCUCCUCGUCCCCCAGUAG